AUGUCAGGUGCAGGUGUCACAUCAAUCCCCAAGGGGCUGCACCAUCUCGAGGUCCUCAACAAGUCAAAGUUUGCCGGAAAAUGGCCAUCACGUCUCCCUCACGGACCCACUCAAUUCAUCCAGCCCUCAGAUCGGAUACGGAGAUGGAAUGUUCGGCCACAGGACAAGGUCCGGCUGCUCGUCGGCAGGCCGCAGGAGAAGUUCUUGGAUGAGACGGUGGGAGCGAAGAGUGGAUGGAGGGUAUACACUGUGAAGAGGGUAGAUUUGGAGCGGAAUAAGGUAUAUGUGGAGGGCUUAAAUAACAAGCGGUCCGCAACCGCUCGACCAAAACCAGAGAACUUCAACUCCCUGAGCGAAGCUGAACGAAAUCAAUGGGAGACAUCGGCGAAUAUCGCCCCUAUGGCUCGUCCAGUACAUUACUCCAAUGUCCAGCUCUGUGUUGAGGACAAGAACGGCCCUGACAGUGUCUUUGCAUCAAGAGUCGCUACAUCAACACCAUACUUCAACAAAGGCCUUCGCCGGCUAGAGUGGGAUCGGUACGCUGCCAAAUUGACUGGACCAUCCGAUCAGGCGCCAGAUCCGGAGAGAGGACUGGUACGGAUACCUUGGCCAGCUAGCGCGCUGGUGAAGCCCGCCGAUCCUACCCACCUAGACACAUCCAGCCCAUCAACAUCCACGCUCAAACUCCCCUCAACCGACUCCCUCAUGACUGCCACACUCAUGGGCGAGCUCCUCCCGUCUUCCUCGCUCGAGCCAAUCCGCAACACACCCGAGGCGCGAGAAUGGCUUGACGCCCAUGCCGAGUCGCCCGGCGUGCCAGAGACAGACUCAACAAUGCCUCUGUUCUUGUCCGAGGAGCUUUCGCCCCGGUUCUCUCGAUCCAAGAAGACAGCCGGAUUCAAUGCUCGGAGAGAGCAAAUAGCGAGAGACAGGGAAGAGGCGGGCAAGGCGGCAGUGGCGGCCUGGGAGGCAGGCGGGCGGGAUAGGAGCCUAGCCGAUGUGCUCGGUGGAGAAGGCGCGGAGGCACUGGAGGGUGUCAAGCUGCGCGGACGGACACGGGCGGAAGUACGCGAGGCGGCUCAGGUGCUAUUUGACCAAGAGGAAGCACGGGUCAAGCGGGGAGUCAGGGAGGCGAAGAAGAUGGAGAUGCGAUGGAGCAAGGAGGAAGGCGAGUGGGUCGCGGGCGAAAGGGUGGAGAAUGUGAAGAGGAGGAAGGAGCGGCGGGCGCUGAAGGAGAAGAAGGUGGAGAAGCGGAUGGAGGGGUUGAGGCUGGAGCAAGGGAGGAACGCGGUGGUGCCUGAGAGCUUUAGGGCGUAG